GUUGCUUUCUCUUCCAGUCACUUCAAAGUAUCAGAUACUUCGCGUUUUCUCUCCACCACAAGCCUCCCAUGCCACAAAACAAAAUAAACAAACCAACGGCUACUUAUACAAUAACUAAUCACAGCCCUCAUCUCCCUUGUCCCGUGCUAGAUUUCUAACUCCAUGGCCCAGCAGCCCCCCGCACGAUCCUGGUUCCGACUCGCCUCUAUAGCCCGAUUGUCCCCGGCCACAACAACAACUAACUUCCCCACCACCACCACCACCACCCCUGCAGCCGCCGCCGCCUCCACCUCCACCUCCACCUCUUCCCCUGACGCAGCAGCCCGAACCGCUACCUGACCUUCCAUCGUCACCAACUCCACAACCAGAAAUCCACACCCAGACACCAAAAACACCAUCUUUCACUAACUCUCAGCCGCCUCCCACGCCCCCACGCUCCACCACGCCACCAGAAUCUCCAAAGGUAAUCAAGCCUUCCAAUUCCUCUCCGCCCCCUUCCCCGAUGCCCAACCAAACCAGAACCACGCUCAUCCAACCACCACCAAUCCCAGAACCCGAGCCUGAAGUCAAGCCUCCACUUCCCCUGCCUCCAGAAGAGAAGACAAUUACCAGCAGCGGCGGAAGCAGAGCAAACCAUGACUCCGACAAAAAGCAGCAAAAUAGCCCAACGACCGAAGAUAAGAAGCCGAGGGUAAUCACCAUGGCCGGCGACAACACCGGCGCCGUUAUGGAUAUCGGCUCUGCUGCUCCGCCCCGCCAUAAGAUGGAGCAGGGGCACGCGGAUGGGAAGAAGGGAGGGAAGACGAAGCAUAUGGCGGCGGUGGUGAAUAGUAACGUGCAGGGUAUUAAUAAUUCUAUAGUUCUGAACUCAUCCACCAUGCAGCACAGCCCCGGUGUCCAUAUCACCUUUGCGCGCAACCGCAAGCCCAAAGGAAACGCCAGUUUCUCCAGCAAUUAAUUCUGAUCACCUCCAUUAGCAGGAUGGUCCUGGGAUUGGGAGUCAUUAACUUCAACGGAAAAUGAGCUCGACA